AUGGAUUGGUCAACAUGCUUAAUAAUAUUGAGCGGCAUAGUCCAUAUAACGAUAUGCAAAUAUUGUGUCAUCGACAACCGUUCUGUGAACUCUGACUGGGAAAAGAAACUGCAUGAAGACCUCAGCAAAUGCUAUAACUCAUUUGAAGCACCUGCCAAUAACACAAUAAUCAAACUGAGUAUUGAUAUGAAAUAUUUCACAACAGACGAGGGUGAUGGUUCUCUUUCUAUGCUUAGUUAUGCUACUGUCACUUGGCUCGAUGAAAGACUUAAAUGGAAUCCAAAAGACUACUACGAUAUAACAAAUUUAGAUUACUCGGGUUACGAGUAUUGGGCACCGACGAUAGUAGCAACCAAUAUAGCUGAAGCAGAUGAUUAUUAUAUAUAUGGAGUGUGUACAUUAAAAUUUACUGGUGAUAUUUUAUGUGUGCAAAAGAUGGUAUAUAGAGGUCGUUGUAUUCAUUAUAUUACAAAUUGGCCAUACGAUGAAUUGAUAUGUACUCUUAAUUACGCCAUAAAACACUUCGGAAAUAGUGACUUCAUACUCGUUCCAAGAUGGAACAAAACUGCUGACAUAUUUGGAGCUGAAUAUGGAGACGAAUGGAUCAUUGUUGAUUAUGUAGAUACUUUUAACGUUACUGAGAAAAUUCAAAUUAGAUUAACAUUUACUCUUAUUUUCUGUGCUCUUGAACAGUCUUUUGGUGAUAUUAACUUUAGGACUGAGGCAAUUGAGAUAUCGCCAAUCAUCUCCUCCUAUUUGGGUAACAUCUGUGAAUAA